CGACUUUGAAUGAUUGGUUGACAGUGAGCAUCACCAUACAGGCAACGACAGCAUGUCACUGGACUACAUCCGGAAGAUAGUAUCUGGCAAGAAGGCGCGGUUCGUCGACAAAGCGGCUCAAGUCGAUCUAGACCUGGUAUAUGUCACGGAUAGAAUCAUUAUUAUGGGCUACCCGGCAGCGGGUGUCUCUGCCUUAUAUCGCAAUCGUCGACGAGACGUGUUGAAAUUCAUCAACUCGCGACAUGGUGAUAAAUGGUGGAUCUGGAAUCUAUGCCCGCUAUACGAGAAAGCCUACUCGCCCGAGAGCAUGCACAAUCGGGUAUCGAGAUAUCCGUUCCCUGAUCAUCACCCUCCUCCAUUACCUCUGCUACCUCUCGCAGUCAGGGAGAUGACAGCAUGGCUGCAGGGAGACCCGGAGAGAAUAGCCAUCAUUCACUGUAAAGCUGGCAAGGGCCGGUCCGGAACCCUGCUGUGCUCUUAUCUCUUAUCACUUCCUCAACUUCCUCCUCCUCCCCAGCUCGACCGCUCGUACGGUCACAAGGAACUCAAGAAGCGUUUGGAACAGAGGAAGAGCGAAGACCACUCAGAUGCCGGUUCCGCCGCGAGGACCUCUCUAUCGGAAGAGUACGAGCAUGUCUCGGGUCCUGAGGCGGAGUCACAAACGGCUGAGAUGGACCACGAAGGAGAGGGGUGGGUCAUCAUAGGAGGAGGACAGCAUGUGGCUCCCAUCCAAGUGGAUUCCUCUGCCGCAUCUGCAAGUGGAGAAAGGGCACCAACGCCUACGAGAUCAGAGAUCAUCCAUGUGGACACACCAAUCGGCUCCGUGGCACGAUCAACUACUUCCUCUAUGACGACAAUCUCUGGGCCUUCUCCCCCGCCCUCGAUCCGUAUCGCUGUAACGACUCAUCCUGUCAAUCCCAUUGACGUAGGGGAUGAGGGCCGUCCGGGCGAUAAAGGGCAGGAGGACAGGGAGGAUGGCAAAGUGGAUGAUGUGUUCAAAAUGCACAGCAGUCGACGGAUGAAGCCGUCUAGUACAGGCCGGGGUGUGUCCAUCCCAAGUCAGAGGAGGUGGUGUCGCUACGUCAAUCUCUUAUUUCAGAAGCAUGUUCCCCCUAGCUAUCUCUCAAGUGAACCGAGUCGAGUCAAGCUCGUAUCUAUAACGAUCCUUCUUCACCCUGCAAGCGGCUGGCAGAAACCACUUGCGUCACUCAUCGUCGGCUCAGACGAGGGGAAUGGCAAAGCCUGGGCUUCAGUAGCUCGAUACGAUGAUGCCUAUGUCGAUGAGCUGAAUCACCGUGGAGGCUCUGGUCAGGGCGUACGGUCUGAGAUCACUUGGGGAGGUGUCGGCGGUGAUGGACGGUACGACACGCACAAGAUGUUCAGAAGUUGUGGCAAGAUGGUACCCGGGGAUCUUUCAGAAGAGAUCAGAGAUGCCAUGCCUGGGAUUUCAGAGGGCCUAAAUGUCCAUCACCUUGUCCCUCAAGUCUCGGAAGCUUCUCAAGAUCUCAUCCUGGAUCGGAAUCGAGAAGUUCGCCUCAAAUAUCACCUGGGAUCACUCCCUCUUGGAUGGUCAUGGCUCAUCCCGGCGUUUCAUUUACCUGAGCCAACUACAUCUGGAGCAGGUCUCAGUAUCCACACGCUCACAUUGCCUCGAUCUCAGCUCGACUUUGCAGUUGGACCCGGUUCUUCAGUGCAUUCCAUCCAUGUCAGAUUCCAGGACGUCGCCUCUGCGGAAGGUGGUAAUCCUGCUAGAUUAUUAAGUGAAGACGAAGAGAAGAAGACCGGCAUGAAAGACGAUAUGGGCGAAGGGAUGGUGAAGGAGGAAGCUGCAAAGUAAUGCCUCUUUGCCGCUGCUCAAUGUCAUGUCGUGCAUAUGUAUCCACCAGUCUUUGCAAGUG